GAAGAGUUUCAGAGGACAAUGAUAUAGAAUCUCAAAGAACGUCAAGGAUAAGAACGCACGGGCGAAGGCCAUUGGACGGACGUUUAAAUAUGUAUGACGUACGGAGUCAUGGCAAUUACCAUCUAGAACGAGUUGGCGUCUUAAUUAGGUCGUCUUGUCGACGACAUCGACGACAUCCAUCCACGUCGGUGGUGACGACGCGACACGACGACGACUACGACUACGACUACGACAACGACUACGACAACGACUACGACUACGACAACGAAGACGACGAAGACGACGAAGACGAAGACGACGACGAAGACGAAGACGACGACACGACGACUAUGUCCGUGACGUUGAACGUCUACGUGUCGACGACCACUCACCCUUUUACCACUUUGACAUUUUCAUCGGGGCUGUGAGAUCUCGUCUCGGUUGGAGAACGUUGAGAAAAAGAAGGAUAAAUGAGCCAUGGAGGGCAGCUAUAUAUGGCUAUAACGUCCUCUUUUGCUUUUCUUUUCUUAAAGUACCAACUUCUUCGUAUCGAUCAAGGAUCUGACAUGAAAAAUGAUUUGUGAUCAUGUGGGAGGGACUGGGAGGGAUAGAAAGAUCAAAACAACGUUGAUAGAAAGCGAGAGAGAGAGAGAGAGAGAGAGAGAGAGAGGGGUGUGUAUGCGUGA